AUCUUUCUACCCAUCCUCACAUUUAAAUUACAUUAUUCUCUCUUCAACAAUUCUUCUUCUAUACAAAUUUCUUCAAUCUUUUCACCAAAUCAACCAACCCCCUUUACAUUUUCUUGGAUCAUUUCACUAAAAAGCCAACCCCUUUACAUUUUCUUGAAUUUUUUCACCAAAAAAACCAACCCCUUUAUAUUUUCUCGAAUCUUUUCACAUAAAAAUCCAAUCUUUUUACAUUUUCUUGAAAAAAAAAAAUGGCCGGUGUUAUUGAGAAUAAUCAUCAAGAUUUGGACUUUUGCAUCAAAGCGGAUCCAUUGAACUGGGAAAUGGCAGCAGAGUCAUUGAGGGGUAGCCAUUUAGAUGAAGUGAAGAAGAUGGUGGCAGAGUUUAGGAAGCCAGUUCUGAAACUUGGUGGUGAGACAUUGACAGUGGCACAAGUUGCUUCAAUAGCUUCAAGGGUUAAUGUUGAAAAUGUGAAAGUGGAGCUCUCUGAGGAUGCUAGGGCUGGUGUUAAAGCUAGCAGUGAUUGGGUAAUGGAAAGUAUGGGUAAAGGGACUGAUAGCUAUGGUGUUACUACUGGUUUUGGUGCUACAUCUCAUAGGAGAACCAAGAAUGGUGGUGCUCUACAAAAGGAACUUAUUAGAUUCUUGAAUGCUGGAGUUUUUGGCAAUGGUACAGAGUCAUGUCACACAUUGCCACAAUCAAGCACAAGGGCAGCCAUGCUUGUUAGGAUCAAUACUCUUCUUCAAGGUUACUCUGGCAUCAGAUUUGAGAUCUUGGAAGCAAUCACUAAGUUGAUUAACCACAAUGUUACUCCAUGUUUGCCCCUUCGUGGCACAAUCACUGCAUCGGGUGAUCUUGUUCCCUUGUCCUAUAUUGCUGGAUUACUCACUGGCAGGCCUAAUUCCAAGGCUGUUGGACCUAAUGGUGAGACGUUGAAUGCUGAGGAAGCGUUUCGUGUUGCUGGAGUUAAUGGUGGAUUUUUCGAGCUGCAGCCUAAAGAAGGACUUGCACUUGUGAAUGGUACUGCUGUUGGUUCUGGUUUGGCCUCGAUUGUCCUCUUUGAUGCCAAUGUUCUCGCGGUCUUUAGUGAAGUUCUCUCAGCUAUUUUUGCUGAGGUGAUGAAUGGAAAGCCCGAGUUCACUGACCAUUUGACACAUAAAUUGAAGCACCAUCCUGGACAAAUUGAGGCUGCUGCAAUCAUGGAACACAUUUUGGAUGGCAGCGCUUAUGUGAAGGCUGCUCAGAAGCUACACGAAAUGGAUCCUCUGCAGAAACCAAAGCAAGAUCGUUAUGCUCUUAGAACGUCGCCCCAAUGGCUUGGCCCUCAGAUUGAAGUCAUCCGUUCUGCAACCAAGAUGAUUGAGAGGGAGAUUAAUUCAGUGAAUGACAACCCCUUGAUCGAUGUUUCAAGAAACAAAGCUUUACAUGGUGGCAAUUUCCAGGGCACUCCAAUUGGUGUCUCAAUGGACAAUGCUAGAUUAGCCCUUGCAUCGAUAGGGAAAUUGAUGUUUGCACAAUUCUCCGAGCUUGUCAACGAUUACUACAACAACGGGUUGCCAUCUAAUCUGACUGCAGGAAGGAAUCCAAGCUUGGACUACGGUUUCAAAGGAUCUGAGAUUGCUAUGGCUUCAUACUGUUCAGAGCUUCAAUUCUUGGCAAAUCCAGUUACUAACCACGUACAAAGCGCGGAGCAACACAACCAAGAUGUGAACUCCUUGGGCUUAAUCUCAGCAAGAAAAACAGCUGAAGCAGUAGACAUCUUGAAGCUCAUGUCAUCCACAUACCUAGUGGCACUUUGCCAAGCUAUAGACUUGAGGCAUUUGGAAGAGAAUUUGAGGAAUGCUGUCAAGAACACGGUGAGCCAAGUAGCUAAGAGGACCUUGACAAUGGGUGCCAACGGAGAACUUCAUCCAUCAAGAUUCUGCGAGAAAGACUUGCUCCGUAUCGUGGACAGGGAGUACCUCUUCACCUAUGCUGAUGACCCCUGCAGUGCUAACUACCCACUGAUGCAGAAACUGAGGCAAGUCCUUGUAGACCACGCCUUGCAAAACGGAGAAAAUGAGAAGAACGCGAGCAGCUCAAUCUUUCAAAAGAUUGUAGCUUUUGAAGAUGAGUUAAAGUCUGUUUUACCAAAAGAAGUCGAGAGUGCUAGAGUCGCAUUGGAAAGUGGGAGCCCCGCGAUUGCAAACAGGAUCACGGAAUGCAGAUCAUACCCUCUCUACAGAUUCGUUAGGGAAGAGCUCGGGACGGAAUUGUUGACAGGAGAAAAAGUGAGGUCACCAGGUGAAGAAUGUGAGAAGGUAUUCACAGCAAUGUGCAAUGGCCAAAUCAUUGAUUCAUUGUUAGAAUGCCUUAAGGAAUGGAAUGGUGCUCCACUUCCAAUAUGUUAGCAGUGAAGCAACAGAUUUUAUUAUGUUAAUGUUUGUCGAUUACUUGCUAUAUUUUGAAUUAAUUUUUAAAUCUACUUUUUUUUCUUUUGGAGUUAACUGAAUGUAAACUUUCUUGAAUAUGUUGGUUUGUAGCUAUAAUAAGUCUCUUUUCCAAUGAAAACAAAAGAAAAGUGACCUUAUGCUUA